UCAUUUUGUUUCGGCUCAAUCGGUAGUUAGAUUCCGGCGAUCGACAACAACGCGUGAUGUCCGACAUAGGAAAUUUGGACAAAUGUCCCGCGGUUUACGUGGAGUAUCGGUGUGCUCUGGAGCCCAAACAUUUGGCAAUCGCUAGGGAUGAGCUGAAUGAGAAUGAACAUACGCGAGGGCCGGCCCUGGAACAGAUGCGCCAGUUCAUAGCCAAACAUCCGCAGAUCACGCGUUGCCGUACGGAUCCGUUAUUCCUGUUGAUGUUUCUCCGAAAUCGAAAAUUCAAUGUUGUGGCCGCUUGUGAGUCUUUGGAAAAAUAUUUGACAUAUCGAGUUGUGGCGAAAGAUUUUUUCUAUGUGAAAGAUCCGUUGGACUGUGAUCAUCUGGUAAAACAGGGAAUAUUUAUCCCACUGGACCCGGAUGAAGAAGGACGAAAAGUAUUUUAUCUUAGAUCAGGACAUUACGAUCCGGACAGUGUGCUUCCUGAGGAUGUAACACGACUCGGAUUGCUAGCGCUGGAAGUCUACCAGGAAGUGGAACAUUACCAGGUCAUGGGAAUUGUGUUGCUGGUGGACUUGAAGGAAAUGAGCUUAUCUCAUGUGGCGAAUUGGACACUGACCAAGCUGUCGAUUGUCACGCGGGCAAUGAAUGAAGUCACCUUUAGAUGGAAACAAAUCCAUGUGUUCAACAUUCCAAAGUACACAGCCACUUUUAUCGAACUGGCGAUGAGAUUGAUAUCGCCCAAGUUGCGGAAUCGAGUAGUG